CACCUGCGCAUUGUUUGCUAGCAUCUUGACUCUAAAAAGUCAACCACAAGUGUCCGACGCGGACAGACGGUUCUGCGUGCUCCUCAUUCAUCCCGUUUACCGAUCACCCUUUCCCACUCUCUCCGCACUAUAAACUCACUUCGCUUACCUUCUUCUUUCGUGGUCGCUUGCAGGUCGGUGCACGACACUUUCGGGAUCGUUACUGGCCGUCGAUUCGAUGGGACACCUCAAGAUGGACGGCAAGAUGGAGGUCCGGGAGGCGGCCGCCGCAGGGCUCCGCAGCUUGGAGCGUGUCGUCUUCCAUCUCUCCCACCAGCAGUCGCCGUGGGAUUGCCGUGAGAUCACAGACCAGACGAUUGCCAAGUUCAAGAAAGUCAUCUCCGCCCUGAACCGGACCGGCCAUGCCCGGUUCCGCCGCGGCCCGGCUCAGCCCGCCUUCUCCGCCGAAGCAGAGGAAGCACCAGCAGUGCACUACCACGCGCUCGCUCGUCCGCCGCUGCCGCCGGCUGCGGUCGCGACCUUGAACCUAGAUCCUACAAAGCUGGAGGAGCACUUGAACGUCUCGGCGGCGGUGUCGUCGGCCCAUAAGCCGCCUCUGGCGCCGUCCCACAAGAGGAAGGUCCCCGACCACGCCCACCCCCCGGAGGCCGCAAAACAAGCCGCCAGGUGCUGCCACUGCUCAAAGAAAAGGUACCCCUCCUCCGUCGCGCCGAAACUUAAUUUCGCGCAUCCACGCAUCUCCUCGCUGACACGCUCCGCGACGUCCUCUGCGUGCGACAGGAAGGACCGGGAAAAAAGGACGGUGCGCGUGCCGGCCGUCGGCUCGAGGAACGCGGACUUUCCGGUGGACGAGUACUCGUGGCGUAAGUACGGACAAAAGUUCAUCAAGGGAUCCCCUUACCCGAGGGGGUACUACAAGUGCAGCAGCGUGAAGGGGUGCCCGGCGAGGAAGCACGUCGAGCGGGCGGCCGAUGACCCCUCGAUGCUAAUCGUAACGUACGAAGGGGUGCACCGGCAUUCCCCGAGCAGGCCCGCCUGUCGGUGACCUGUGGUGCUGGAUCUUAUCUUCGCUUUUUUAUAGUUUGACCUGUAAAAUGUCCACCAGGAAAUGUAGACUUCAGUUCAGACAUAUGGAACGGCAAUUUUCCCCUUUCUUGCA